AUGGUGUUUUCAUUCAUUCUCACUUUUACCAUCAGCGUGGUAGCAGCGUUUGACGACGACUGCGUCCGCUGUGAUCUACGCUCGUCGUACUGUAAAACAUGGGAGAACAGCACGAAGAGUUGCGAGUGCCGCGAGGGAUUCGCGCGCGUCUCGAAUGGCUCAUGCGCAAUGGUUAGCGAGCUGGCGAAAGGCAUCAAAUUGGGAAUGAGCGAUUCCGAUGAGGAUGAUGAGGAGCCGUUUUGUGUUCUCGGGCAGGCUGAAAAAGCGGCGACAAGAAUUCUCACCGAGCUUCUCAGCAAAUACGAUCGAAAUUUGGUGCCGAAAAUGACGGGUGUCGACGUCGACGUCGAGCUUCUCAUUCAGAGGGUCUCCGAGAUCUCCGAGAUUCAAUCCGCCUCAACAAUGCACAUUUUGUUCAGUCAGAUUUGGCACGAUCCGGGAUUAUCGUUUGAGCACGAGGAAGGCGCGCAUUGUCUCACAAAUCUGUCGCUUUCGCAUCGAAUGGUCGACAACAUCUGGCUGCCGAAUGUCUGUAUAGUCAACUCAAAAGGCUCGACGAUUCACAAAAGCCCAACGCCGAAUAUCUUCCUGGCCAUAUUCCCAAAUGGCACUGUCUGGAUGAAUUAUCGAGUUGUCGUCGAGUCGCCGUGCGAAAUGGACUUCAGCUUCUUCCCGAUGGAUCGUGUGAUGUGCACAACGAUAUUUGAAAGCUAUGCGUUCAAUGUUGGAAAGGUCCGAUUACAUUGGAAGCGGCAAGGCCAACCGGUGGAAUUUAUCGACGAAGUCAAACUUCCCGACUUUCACAUGACCACAUUUAUACACGAGAAAGCGACAUUCAUCUAUCCGGCUGGGGUUUGGGAUCAGCUCAAUAUAAAAUUAUUCUUUCGCCGCUCUUACGGGUUCUACAUUCUUCAAAUCUACCUCCCAACGUAUUGUAUGGUUCUCAUCUCAUGGAUUUCAUUCUGGCUUGACAGACGAAGUCUUCCCGCCCGCGUCACAUUAGGCGUUUCAUCGCUGAUGGCGUUGACCCUUCAAUAUUCGAACGUGUCACGAAGUCUUCCAAAGGUAUCAUAUGUCAAAGGUCUCGACUUGUUCAUGUUCGGCUGCAUCGUCUACAUUAUACUCUCGAUCGUCGAGCUUGCUGUCGUCGGCUCACUGGAGCAACGCCGGAAUCGACUAAAAGACAGCGACGAGUUCAUGUCCGACGAGGAGAUCAAGAAAAACGUGUUUCAGCGAACAUUUUCGACGAAAUCGUUCCGAUCGGGCUAUGGAGCGCGACAUCAUCAAUUUUCCGAGUGCGCCAGUCCAGAUGAUCCGGAGUGGGCGAAGAAUCGAACGGAUUGGACCGAGCGGACGUAUGUCGAGUGUCCCGAGCCGAAACCGCCUGAAAGUGAUCGAUUGCCCGAAAUGGAGAAUGAUUCCAACAAUAAGAUGCUCGUCUUUGUUCGCGAUCGUCGAGAAUCCCGAAAACGUCGAAAACGCCUAGCCCGCGGAAGGUUGUUUUCAAGAUGGACUGGCGAAGACAUGGACAAAUUCUGCCAGAAGAUGUUCCCGAUCACGUUCACGUUUUGUAAUUUGAUCUAUUGGAUGUACUACACGGCAAAAUCCAAAGACUAA